GUGGAAGGGGCGGUGCUGCACCGUCCCUGGGGAGAGAGGCGGCGGGCGAGCGCGCAUGCGCGGCAUGGGUAAUGGCGGGGCGACCCAGCCUGGCGGAAGCUAGCGUUCCAACAUGGCGGGCGAGGCAGAAGGACUGUUCAAACGGGUGCUGGUGCCGGUUCUUUUACCUGAGAAAUGCUAUGAUCAACUUUUCGUCCAAUGGGACUUGCUUCAUGUUCCCUGCCUCAAGAUUCUCCUCAGCAAAGGCCUUGGGCUGGGCAUUGUGGCUGGGUCACUCCUGGUAAAGCUGCCCCAGAUCUUUAAAAUCUUGGGAGCCAAGAGUGCCGAAGGACUAAGUCUCCAGUCAGUGAUGCUGGAGCUCACCGCGUUGACUGGAACUGUGGUCUACAGCAUCACCAACAACUUCCCCUUCAGCUCUUGGGGUGAAGCACUGUUCCUGACACUCCAGACAAUUGCCAUCUGCUUCCUGGUCAUGCACUACAGAGGAGAGACCGUCAAAGGCGUUGCUUUCCUUGCCUGCUAUGCGAUGCUCCUGCUGGCGCUGCUCUCCCCACUCACACCUCUGGCUGUAGUGACCCUGCUCCAAGCCUCCAAUGUGCCUGCUGUGGUGGUGGGGAAGUUGCUCCAGGCAGCCGCCAACUACCAUAAUGGGCACACGGGCCAGCUUUCCGCUAUCACAGUGUUUAUGCUGUUUGGGGGCUCUUUGGCCCGAAUCUUCACUUCCGUUCAGGAAACUGGAGACCCCCUCAUGGCUGGAGUCUUUGUGGUCUCUUCCUUCUGCAAUGGCCUCAUUGCUGCUCAGGUCCUCUUCUACUGGAAUGCAAAGCCUCCCCACAAACAGAAAAAGAAGCAGUAGUGCUGGGGCAGCUUCUAGAACAUUCCAUUCCAUUCCAUUUGGCCACUACCUUCAGGUCCCCCCACAUGACCUGGUCUGCUGGUACAACUUAAUCAUCCUCAUUCCACUGUAACUGCAGCCUCCUGAGCCAGGGUUCGCAUUAACAGCACGCACUUGUUUCAGCAGGGGCUGAGGCUGACUUUAUAAGCAGCUGUCUUACUGGAGCAAUGUCGUGCCUUGUCUACUUACCUUCCUUCUAGGCGGAGGACAGAGCCUGGACAAACGUGGUUGGGAGCUUGUGGCUGCUUCCCUCGCCACCUGGCUGGGAUAAUCUAUAUGACCCCAGUUCUGGAGGUGGGGGAGGGGAGAAUGACUCAGAUAAGGGCCUCAGGGUGGGGUGGGGAGGCUCCUGCUGUGGCAGGUCUAGACGGAAGGGAAGGGUGUGGAGAAGACAUGGGCUGCUGCUGUAAUGAGAAUACAAUAGGUGGGACAAUAAAGACUCAAAGAUGGGCUUUCAUUGUACAAAAUCGUGUUUAGUGUAGGUUUGUGCAUUCUGCUUCCUUGGAAGACUUGUAGGACUCUGAACUGGAAAGGGAUGGGUCUACGGGGUUGGCCCUGGAUGUCUCUGCCAGUUAAAGGUGGGUUACAGACAUGGGGCACCAGCAAGGGAAGUAUUGCAUGGAGGGGCAGAGCCUGGGGAUAAGUAGGUGGGAAAAGAGGGCAUUAGCUCCCCCUGGAGCCUAGGAUCACUCUGAGGAAGGGAGCACGAUGAGGGGGCCUCCGGUCUACAAUGGGAAGAGCUGUAGAGAGAAACACAGGGUUUGGAGGUUACACUUGUGGGUUGGAGAGACUGGGCAGUGUCCCCAACUCAGUAGGAGACUGGUCUGACCAGUUUGCAGUAGACAGGGUUAGAAUUUUCAGCCAGCCAUGUUGGGUACAGCAGGCAUGGAACAAGACCCUAGGAUGGCUUAAAGAGCAAGGUAGCUAGCUCUGUUGGGGCACGCUCAGGAGCUGUCUUGCGUGCUGCACGCUGUUUGCCUCUUGGGGCAGCAGGCCAGGAAGGAGCAACAGGAUGGGCUUGGCCUCUCCUUGCCCCGGGGGCUGGGAGAAGCCAGGUCACACAAGGGCCAUCAACAGUGGAGAAACGGACGUUCAGAAAGUAGAAUACAUUAUCCUGAGAUGGACAAGCCUUUGUCCUGAAUUCUGAGCUCUCCCACCCAACUGCCUGGUGUGGCUUCCGCUUGGAUGGACUGGCGUUCUCCCAACUUAGCCCUCUGGCUUUCAUCCCCCACCCAGCUUUUAGGAAGGGGAAGUACAGAGUGGUUGUAGGAGACAAUCAGGCACUCACGUGUAACUGCCAGGCAGGUAGGCUGACGAAUAGUUGGGAGGCUGGUACCCAAAGCCUCUGCUCCCUUGGGUAGUUGUGUACCCGGGCCCCCAGUGCGGGCCACCACAGGCCAGGCCGCCUCCUCCCUGGCUGAAGUGGACAGACCCGGUGCCCGAGUUCUUGCUCUUGCGCCGAGGCCGGUACUUGUAGUCGGGGUAGUCGCGUAGGUGACGGGCUCGUAGCCGCUUGGCUUCCUCCACGAAGGGACGCUUCUCUUCGUCGUCCAGCAGCUUCCACUGCGCGCCCAGGCGCUUCGAGAUCUCAGAGUUGUGCAUCUUGGGGUUCUGCUGCGCCAUCUGGCGGCGCUGUACAGAGCUCCACACCAUGAAGGCGUUCAUGGGCCGCUUCACCUUCUCCAGCGGAAGCCCUCCAGUCGCUCCAGGGCUCCCGGCACCCUCCUGCUCCUGAGGUCGCAAGGACAAAGAGGCUGUGGGAACCGGAGGCUCCAAGCUCCAAGUCUGGGCUUGUGAGGAGCCGGGUAGCGCCAUGGGUUGAAAGUAAAGCGUCUUUGAGAGGGCGUCUUGACUGCCCUCCUCCCAGAGUGAAGACUGGACCCUGAAAGUCUGGGUACUUAAGUAUCUUCCAGAGUCCUUGACUCGAACCUUUGCUCCCAGGAGUGGAUUCGUCACCUCUGGAAAGCGGAAUGCCGAAUCCUUGUCUGUCACCACUGUCCUGAAGAGGUUGUGUUCUCUCAAGUCUAGCUACUGCCAGACCCUCUCCCUACCCUCUGCUGGGGCGGGACGGAGUCUUCCGUGGAGGCUGCAACUCGGUGAGGUUCUUGGUUUCCAAAGCUCCCACAACUGCCGAGCGAACCCAGGUGCCACAGAACUUCCCCACCUGUGUUCAGCCUCUGUGGAAGGCUCUUAAAGCCCGACUCCUCCCCCAAUCCCUCCCAGAGGCUGUGCCGUCCUGACACACACAAACUCAGGUGUCCUGUUCUCUUAGCAGCCCAGACACCUCCCUUGGGGCACCACGCCCCCUCUCCACCCAAGGUCUGGACUUCAUGCCUAAUGGCCCCAAAACGGCUAAACUGUCAACUUUUUACCAGCAAUUUAAAGCAAAUUCCUUUCCUUUGUGGGAUCAAGCUUGAGCAUCAAAUGCCCCCAGGGCCACUCCCUACUCAAAACCUUUUCCGGUGCCUGUUGCUCCUCAAAUCCUGAACUGCCCCAGGGGUAAGAAACUCAAAGAAGAUAGGCCAAGGCCAUUUUUGUUUUCUGAGUCAUCCCAGCAGGUGCCUGGGCAGAUGGAGCCACUUCCAGUCCUGAGACUUCCCCACCGCCACACAAUCACGCAAGUUUCAUCUUUAAAUCCAAACCAGGAGGAGCCAAAGGACUUGGGACCAGAGAUACUCCCCCCUUUUUGGUGGUUUUGUUUUUGUUUUGUUUUUAAGACAGGGUUUCUCUGUGUAACUGUUCUGUGUCCUGGAACUUCCUUUGUAGACCA